AUGGCAUCAGCUCUUAAAAUUAUUUGGUUUAUUCAUGUAAACAAAGAAUGGCUGUGGAUUAAGUGGAUUCAUGGAAAGUACCUGAAAAACACAAACAUUUGGCUUGUGAAUAUGAAAGUUGGAGACUCUUGGAUGUGGAAACAAUUAAUUAAAGCAAGAGAUAAAGCAAUCACUAUCUGUGGAGGCAUAGAGAAUCUGAAGAGAUGCAUCAAUUCAUGUUGCAAAAAUUCAAGUAUUCAGCUGUCUAAGCUUUAUUCGGCCAUAUCUCCAGUUUCAAACAAAGUGAACUGGUAUUUGACAGUUUGGGACACUUUGAUAUAUCCUAAGCAUAGCUUUAUUUUGUGGUUAGCUGUUCUAAACAGACUGUUAACCAGGGAAAAGCUUCUUAAGAGGGGUAUUAUUCAAUCAGACCAUUGUUGUCUGUGUUCUGAUAAUGUGCAGGAAUCACGUAAUCAUCUGUUCUUUGAUUGCCUAUUCUCAAAAGCUGUGUGGAACAACAUUAUGGAUUGGCUCAAAUUUAAAUGGAGGGCUUGUGAUUGGGAUAUACUUAUGGACUGGUAUACAUGUAGACUGAGAGGAAAGGGUUUUAAGCAAAGUUUAAAGAGGCUGGCUCUAGCAAACACAGUAUACAGAAUAUGGAGGGAGAGGAAUGAUAGGAUUUUCAACAAGGGAAUUAAGAAUAUUGAUCAGAUUACUAAGAAGAUAAAGCUGGACAUAAUGAUCAUGAUCCUUAACAGUUCAUGUUUAGAGGAAAAUAAACAGUGGUUGUUAUCUCUUUGA